AUGGCUAAUGUCUUCAAUACCUUCAGCUUCAACAAAUGGGCCGAUUCGAAGAAGGAGGAGGAGCUUGAAAAGGAAAGCAAAAAGCGAAGAACUGCGCAGAUCAAGCGUCUAAAAGAACGUCUGCGUCGCGAACGAGAACUCCGCGAAAAUAAUGUCGGCAAUGGAGAUUUAGACUUGGAAGCUCUUAUUGAGGCGUUACAGCGUGGAGAGGAAAUAAAUGCUGCUAUGGACGAUGACGACAUUUUGGAGGAAAUCCGUAUUUUUCAACAAAAUCAUCCUUUCGCCUCACCGAUGCCUGCUCCUGAACCAGGUUAG